AUGCACAAGAGGAAGCAGGUGAACAGCUGCUCCAUCUGUCAUCACGGGUGACCGCCGAGCCCCAGGGGCGCACGGUCUUUUUCUGCCAAUUACAAAGACUGCCAUGUGCUGGAGAAGGAUGGGCGCUCCCACCUGAGGGUGUUCAUGGAAGCUGUGCAGCCCGGCGGUCACUCUGACACCUGUCCCAAACCUGAUCACACCUGGACUCCAGACUCCCGCCUGGCACCACCCACCACAUUCUCACUUCCUGCCCCUCAUCCGUACCCUCUGACUCAGGAACAGUGCCAGGUGGCCUCCAGGCACAUCCCCUGCAGAGUGAGAAGAAGUUCAAAGGAAGCAUCAGCUGGCUGCUGUCAUGACAACACCAGAGAGGGUCCCUCUUACUAUGGCAACACUGUGACUGUCCAGUGCUUCAGAAACAGUCACUUCGUCCUGGUGGUGUCCCGAGAAACAGCCUUGGUGUGCAGGACACUAAUCAAUGUCCAACUGGUCUGCACCGCCCCCCAGCUGCUCCCCAACCAGGAGGCGGGAUCCUCCGUGGUCUCCACGGCUGGCCCUCUCACCUGCUGUGACACCACAGUCCAGGUGGACAGCAUCCAGCAGAACCAGUUGGUGUCCAACAUCGGCAUCUGGAUGGGGCCACACGGUUCCAUCAUGUGGGACGGCGCCUUCCUCACACAGGCUGGGCCGCGGGCUUGGUACAGUAAUCUGGAUGCGCUGAUUCUGUGUCUUCUCUCCUCCAUCCUCUCCAACUGGGACUUCAGGCUUCACAUCCACUGUGUCUUCAAUGCCAGUGACUUCCUGCCCCUCCAGGCGUCUCUCUUUCCUCCCCCUCCAGCCACUGUGACCCAGUACAGCCCCCUGAGGCUUCAGCUGCAGAUCGACAAGGGAAAAGGGUACGACAAGGCUUUUAGUUCCUACCACAGGGAGGGGGACCACCCCAUUGUGGGGCUGCUUCAAGAGUCUGACCCCAUGGAGGUCUGGCUCCUGCAGAGGACAGACCCCAUUCUGGUCCUGGUGCUGCACCAGCACUGGGCCGCUCCCACCGCCAACCCCUUCCAGUGGCCCAUCCAGUCAGGCGAGUGUCCUUUUGGUGACAUCAGGACCUGAAUGAUGGCCUUGGAAGGGGCUCUGCCCUGCCACUCUCACUACCAGUGCUUCACCAUUGCCACCUUCGCCCCCCUGGACACUGGCUCCUGGAGGGUUUACUUCCUUUGCGGCACCUCUGCCUGCUGCCCCUCAGGGCUAAAGACUUACUCGACCACAUGUAGCUCUGGGGCUGCAGGACGGCAGUGAGCCUCAGGUCACCACAAUGACAUUGCCAGGCCCAGCAUGGUGAGCUCUCCCGGGCCACUGGGUUUUGAGGAUUCCUACAGGUGGGAGUCUACGCUGGGGCCUGCAGGCUCCACCAUGAGCUGCAACCCAAGACCUCUCCUCUGGGUAAUUCUUUUGCUGUUGGCUGUUGCCCUGGUCCGAGGGGUUGGCGUCUUUGUGGACCUGAGCCAGGCCAAGCCCAGAAGCUCCCGGAAGGCAACAGAAGAGCUGCGGCCCCUGCUGGGUAGAGGCCAGUGCCUCCCAGGGCUGAAUUUAGGGGACUUUGCCUCUCCACAAGGAAAGGCAGCAUUCCGGGCAGAGAAAGCAGGACGAGAGAAGGGAUGGUCGGCACAGGAUGAAUGGCAGCCUGUUGGCCCUGAUGCCAUUGUGGGCACGGCUGCCAGACAGGUCAGUACCAGUGCUGGCUGUGCUGCCGACCGUCUGCUCGUGUAUGACAUGGGCCUUCACCUCUGA